AUGGUUCAACUAGGUGAGCUAUUAAACACUAUUCCCUUAAUUACUCGCUUAUAUCUUAUUCUUUCAUCAAUUUUAAUGGUCUUAUGCUCGCUUGAUAUUAUAUCUCCUUUGAAUUUGUAUUUGAAUUGGAACUUGGUAUUGUCAGAGCAUCAGUACUGGAGACUCAUUACCUGUUUUUUGUAUUUCGGAUCUUUUGGGUUACACUUUUUUUGGGAUGCCUAUGUUCUAAUUUACUACUGCAGUUCUUUAGAGGAUGUAACGUUCAGGAACAACUCUGCAGACUUUUUAUGGAUGAUUAUUGUUUCCUGUUUAAUGUUAUUGGCUGUAUCGUAUGUAUUCGGAGGUGUAUAUUUCUACAGUAGUUGCAUAAUAAAUGUAAUCACAUAUGUUUGGAGCAAGAACAACUCCUCAACAAGAUUAACUAUUUUUUUUUUUACUAUUAGAGCUUCCUACUUACCAUGGGUAUUAACAUUAUUGUCAUUAAUUGUUGAUUAUAAUUCUAAUGAUAAUUUUUUCGGUAUACUAGUUGGGCAUGUGUAUUUUUUUUUUACGAAUGUUUUUCCCCUGAUGCCAAUAGCAAAGAAUACGCAAAUAUUUAAAACACCACAAGUUUUGAAAUGGUUGUUGAAACAGGAAAAUUAG